GACGGGGUGUUGCGCGGCCUCCGCCGAUUGGGCGCCGGCCCAGUCGGGGAGGGCCGUGUUCGCCUGCGUGCAGGGCUCCUGGCGUAUCCUCUGAUCGUCAGGAAUAACCACUCAUAACAUCAAGAAUGAAGUAACCGCUCAUCAGGCAACGACAACAGCCCCGACUGCAUCAAACGUGUGUACGGAGGUGGGGAUGUGACUCGGAAGUGAUCCUGCCGGAAGUGGGGUUCCGUCUAAUCAGCUGAUGGUGAUGGUGAAGAGGUGGCUGUUAUUGUUCGAGGUUUGAGAAGAAGCCAACGGCCCCUAGACGUGGAUAAGACCGCCCUCCGCUGCCCCUCACCUUGCGAUAUCUUUCCCGCCGGGGGCACAGUGGCACCCGGGUCCUUCUCCCCGGGACGGAUCGGCAUCCGACCAUUUAUACCGGGGACCCAGCAGCUCCCGGGCUCCUGUACCCGGGACAGAGUGGAUCCCGGGUCCCUAUCCCCGGGGCACAGCGAAAGCCGGCUCCUCCUCCAGCAACGGGACAGCCGGGCCUGGAUUCACCCGCCCCCUCGCUUGCAGCCGGGCCAAUGCUCGAUCUGGAAGUGGUGCCCGAGCGGUCUCUGGGGAACGAACGAUGGGAAUUCGCUUUAGGAAUGCCAUUGGCUCAGGGUGUUGCUAUUCUCCAAAAGCAUUGUCGUAUCAUCAAAAACGUACAGGUUCUCUACAGCGAACAGUCGCCACUCAGCCACGACCUCAUCCUUAAUCUCACUCAGGACGGAAUCAAACUACUCUUUGAUGCUUAUAACCAGAGACUAAAGGUCAUUGAAGUUUAUGACUUGAGUAAAGUUAAAUUGAAAUACUGUGGUGUGCACUUCAACUCUCAGGCUAUAGCUCCAACCAUAGAGCAGAUUGACCAGUCAUUUGGAGCAACUCACCCUGGAGUGUACAAUGCAGCUGAACAACUUUUUCAUCUCAAUUUCCGCGGGCUUUCCUUUUCAUUUCAACUGGACUCAUGGAAAGAAGCUCCAAAAUUUGAGCCCAAAUUUGCCCAUGGCCUGGCUUCCCUGCAGAUUCCCCAUGGUGCUACCGUGAAACGCAUGUACAUAUACACUGCAAACAGUCUACAGGAUACAAAAGCUCCCAUGAUGCCACUGAGUUGUUUCUAUGGUAACGUGUAUGCAGAAACUGUUGAAGUAUUAAGCAAUAUCAUGGGACCCCUGGGCCUCCGUCUGCGACUACUGACAGCAGGUUGUGCCCCUGGAGUAUUGGCAGAUACAAAGAUGCAUACAUUUGAACGCUGUGUGUAUUUUGGGGAUUCUUGCCAGGAUGUGCUGAGUGCUCUGGGAUCGCCACACAAGGUUUUCUACAAGUCAGAGGACAAGAUGAAGAUCCACUCUCCUUCCCCUCACAAGCAGGUUCCCUCCAAGUGCAAUGACUACUUUUUCAACUACUUUACUCUGGGAGUGGAUGUCCUGUUUGAUGCCACCACACACCAAGUGAAGAAAUUUGUCCUUCACACGAACUACCCAGGUCAUUACAACUUCAAUAUAUACCAUCGCUGUGAUUUCAAGAUCCCACUUGCAGUUAAACAAGAUGGUGGUGCUGACGGCCAUGCACAAACGUGUACUGUAACCACAUACAGCAAGUGGGAUGCAAUUCAGGAAUUGCUUGGACACCCCAUGGAGAAGCCAGUGGUUCUUCACAGGUCCUCUUCAGCAAACAACACAAACCCUUUUGGCUCAACUUUCUGCUUUGGACUGCAGCGCAUGAUCUUUGAGGUCAUGCAGAACAACCACAUAGCGUCGGUAACACUUUAUGGUCCUCCCAGGCCCAGCAGCCAAUCUCGAACCACAGAACUAACCCAGUGAGCCUCAGUCUCAUUUGAAACAACCAGGACUCUACCGGUUUAGUACAGUGUGCCUUGAUUAGCUGCCACAGUUGUACAGAACAGCAUGAUCUAGUCAAGACUGCAUCCCUGGCCUUACCUGGAUUGAGGGGGAGGGGGUUUCUGGUUUGUCACUGGCCUCGUCACUGGUGAUUGUCCUUGGCGAUGAGGUGUGCAACUCUAUGCUUGCAUUAAGCCAGUUUCUGUCCUCAAGUGGACAGUGCAGACCAAUUGGGUUCUGCCUUGUCAUGAGUCUUGUAGAAGUUGAGGGAGCAGGCAGUGGAGCUGCACAUACAAAAAGCACAAGUUGUACAAGCCUUGAAUGGGCAGUGUUUCAGGUUUCUGUUAAUAGGUGUUCCUGUAGUGUUGUGGAACUCCAUACACUCAUUUCUGUCCCAGCACAGUAUGCAGAGGCAGAAGUUUGUCCAUGUGUUCAGGCACAGCCUCUAGCUUAGACAGUAGCACGUUUUUAUAGAAAUGGUUAUAUCAUUUGCACUACAUACACUUUAAUUACUUGAUGUGUUUUAUCCACUGAGGAGUGUCAGGGUAUAGUGCCAGCUAAUUGGGUAAGACUGGGGCGUGGAGAGGAGUCCAGUCCAUGCACGCAGCCGGUCCCGCUACUCGGUGGGAGUUUUGGGGGGGGUGGGGGGUGGUGGGCAGCAGUGAUGAUUUAUUCAUUUCACCGCACUAUAUUGGGUUGAAAUGCAAUCUUCUGCCAUGUCUUGAAUUGCAUGUUGUUAAUUUGAUGCCAAAGACAUAUCUUCAAUGCGCUUACUUUCCUCAUCUCUGUGCUUUUUCCCAUGAUGGGACUGCACACCCAAGCACGUCAUUGGCCAUUGACAGGUUUUAGUCAGCAGCAGAGAUUGGACACUGCACGCAAGCAGUGUGGAGUCUCUGCUUUACGCAGUAUUCACAAGAGGUCUGUUCAUAGGAAGAUGUGAAGCUACUUGGACUGUUCCCUCAUCAAAAUAUUGAGAGCUUAGUGCUUUUCUUUUUUAAUUAAAACUCUUUUAGCCAUCACUCAUUUUUACAUUGUACAUUGUAGCAACUUGUAAUUAAUAGACAAAUUUUGUGUUUACACUGUGUAUAAAUCUGUAAAUAAUGCAUUUUGUAAUUUUAACAAUGUACAGGGAGUGCCUGUAUAGUUUAAUGGUGAACAAUGAGAAGGAUGUAUUUUGAAUUGUGAUCAAUGUUUUGACUCUGGACCAGUAGCAGGGAUGUGUGAUGUGUGUUAUGGUGAUACUUUGCAUUCUGUCUUCCUGUAAACUGUGAGAUUGCAAACUGUUGUAUCCAACACACGUGGAUGUUGUUUAAAGACUAUGUUACCGUUUACUUUGAAACUGAAAGCUGUUCUCUUGUAGCUGUUGAUCCUUAACUAAACCUGCUUAGUUUAGUGUUUAUUCCUGUGCUCUUUGCUUACAUGGGAAUUAUUUCUGCCUCUUCAUUCAUUUUUCUUUCUGCACAAUCCUCUGACUUUUAUUUUUUUAAAAAAAUGCACAUUUUAAGAGCAUGUAUUCUGCCUCGUGAAUAAAACUGACUCCAGUUCACUGUUUGAGAUAA